AUGGCAUCCAAGGAGAAGAUUCACCCAAGGGUCCACCGGGAGCUGGCAUACGUGUUGCUGACGGAGCUUCUUGCGUACCAGUUUGCUUCGCCGGUCAGAUGGAUCGAAACACAAGACGUCGUGCUCCAGGAGCAAAAGGUUGAUCGACUGAUUGAAAUCGGACCUGCUGAGACUUUGCUUGGCAUGAUUAAGAAGACAUUGGCGGCCAAGUACCAAGUACAUGAUGCUGCACUUGCCAUCGAACGAGAUAUAUGGAGUCAUAAGAAAAAUGCACGAGAGAUAUACUAUGAGUCAAGCGAGGACGAGCUCGCCCCAGCCCAAACAAGCAAAGAGUCAUCCACACCUGCUGCACAUCCCUCACAGCCCACCACCCCCGUCACACCCCCCAAGGCAGCUGAUACUACCACACCCCAGCCCGCUCCAGUGCGGCAAGCCUCUUCCAAUAUUGAAGACAAGACUAUCGCAGCUAUUGACAUCAUUAUUGCCCUCAUCGCACACAAACUGAAGAAGCCACUGCAAGACAUUGACUUGAGCCAAACCAUUAAGAAGCUGGUUGGAGGCCGAUCCACUCUGGAAAAUGAGAUCGUCGGAGACAUCGGCGCCGAGUUUGGCUCCAUUCCAGACGCCCCCGAAGAUACUCCACUGUCAGAGCUCGCUCAAUCAAUCGAAGCUCACGGUUCUUGGAAGAAAGGCCUGGGAAAGACCACACAGACCCUUGUUAACCGAAUGGUGUCGGCAAAAAUGCCGGCUGGCCUAGGGUCGGGUGAAGUGCGGGCCCACCUGCUUUCCAAAUAUGGUUUACAGACAGGCCGCCAGGAUGCAGUUUUGUUACGUGCUGCCGUCCAGCAGCCUGCUGCACGGCUCCCUGAUACUAGUGCUGCUCAUGCUUUCCUUGACGACACCGUUCAACAGUAUGCUCAGGAUUCGAAGAUUGAUCUAUCUUCAGCAGGAACUUCAUCCGAUGGAGCUGGUCCAUCGUCGGGACCAGUCGUGGUAGACCAGACGGCCGUCAAGGCGCUGGCCAAGUCUCAGGAUGACCGUGCCCAAGCCAUGCUGGAAGUGUAUGCAAAGUUGCUUGGAAAUGACCUGCAGGCUGGACACAAGGCCAAUACGAAGGCAGCAGAGGUCAUAGCAGAUCUUCAAGACGAACUGCAGCUCUGGAUUUCGGAGCAUGGCGAGGUUUACGGCUCGGGUAUCAAGCCCAUGUUGUCCGUAGCCAAGGCCCGCAGAUACGACUCGUUCUGGAAUUGGGCGAUGCAAGACGCUGUGGAUAUGUUUCAUCACAUCCUGGCGGGGACUAUUGCGCUGACUGGCCGCGAGAUUGAAACCAUCAUGGGACGGAUUGCUCGGAAGUCUAAUCCCAAGCUCGUGCAGAUGCUGGAAUACCUGGAGACACAGUGCCUGAAGCUGCGAGAUCCGCGAGCGAUUCAUGCCCGCGAUGUCCUCCGUCAGCUGCGGCUGGCAUGUAAUCCGCAGUUAUCAGGUGCUCAGCCGUUGACUGCCCACCGCUUGGUUGUCGAUGCACCGAAGACAACCAUCGAUAGCCAAGGAAAGAUUCACUAUACCGAGGUCCCCCGUGCGACCGUCGAUGCAGCGUCACCAGCUACCCUCAAGUCUCUGGGAAGUCAGGGCUGGGAAAGUCGAGCGGACUUAAAUGCAGCCUUUAUGGCUACCCUUGGCCAAACGGACAACCAAUGCCUUUCGUUCUCAGACGCAGAAGUGCUUGUCAUUGGUGCAGGACGGGAUUCCAUCGGCACCGAAAUUGUACGCGGUCUUCUGAGAGGAGGCGCUCGGGUGCUUGUAACGACCAGCAGUUACUCACUCGCGACGACGCGGUUGUACCAGCAGCUCUACGCUGAAGAAGGAUCUCAUGGUUCACAGCUCAUUCUCUUGCCAUUCAACCAGGCUAGUCAGCGAGACCUCGAGUCCCUGGUGUCUUACAUCUAUGAUUCCGACAAAGGUCUCGGAUGGGAUCUGAGCCAUGUUGUGCCAUUCGCAGCCAUCCCAGAAGGGGGCCGUCAAAUUGAAGACAUCGACUCCAAGUCCGAGCUGGCGCAUCGCAUCAUGCUGACAAACACGAUCAGGUUGCUGGGCGUAAUCAAGAAGCAGAAACAAACACGAGGAUUUGACAGUCAUCCUGCACAGGUGAUUCUGCCACUGUCGCCGAACCACGGUAUCUUCGGUGGUGACGGUCUGUACCCCGAGUCAAAGCUUGCUCUUGAAACGCUGUUUAACCGCUGGAGCUCCGAGUCAUGGGGGGCCUACCUUUCGAUCUGCGGUGCGAUUAUCGGCUGGACACGCGGGACAGGACUUAUGAGCGCCAAUAAUAGUGUCGCAGAGGAUAUUGAGAAGAUGGGAGUAAGGACGUUCUCCCAGGUUGAAAUGGCCCACUACAUCCUGAUACUCAUGUCCUCGCCCAUCGCAACAGAAUGCGAGGUGACACCAGUGCGGGCAGACCUGAGUGGUGGCAUGGGCCACUUCCCAAAUUUCAAAGAGGCUGUUGAUUCCAUCCGCCAGAAGCAGAAAGAGACCAGCGAAAUCCAAGAGGCCCUAGCAAAGGAAGAGGUUUUCGAGCGCGCUGCCCUUGGGAAGCCAUCGGAAGAGACACCUCAGGUGCGGGAACAGAAGGCGAGGCUUGCCCUCGACUUUCCUCGUCUACCUGAGUACCAGACUGAAAUCCUUCCUCUCGCUGGUCAGUUGCGCGGAAUGGUCGAUCUCGACCGCGUCGUUGUUGUCACUGGUUUCUCUGAAGUCGGGCCCUACGGCAACGCCCGGACGCGCUGGGAGAUGGAGGCAUAUGGAGAGUUCUCACUAGAGGGCUGCAUUGAGAUGGCCUGGGUCAUGGGUCUGAUUAAGCAUCACAAUGGACCUCUGAACGGGAACCCGCAUUACCAUGGCUGGAUCGUCGUAGAGACCAUGGAGCCUAUUCGCGAUGUCGAUGUAAAGAAGCGUUUCGAAGAGCACAUCUUGGCACACACCGGCAUUCGGCUCAUUGAGCCAGAUAUUAAUGAUGGCUACGAUCCGUAUAAGAAGAAAUUUUUGCAGGAAGUUGUGCUCGACGAGGAUAUGCCUCCGUUGAAGACGUCCAAGGAAACCGCAGAACAACUCCGACUCGAACACGGCGAUAAAGUCGAGAUCCUUCCUGAAGGCGAGGAGUACACCAUCCGUCUGCUCAAGGGAGCCUGCCUCAUGAUCCCGAAGGCACUUCGAUUCGACCGAGCAGUCGCCGGUCAGAUUCCGACCGGGUGGGAUGCCCGUACGUAUGGGCUUACUGAAGAUCUCGCCAGUCAAGUAGAUCCGGCCACGCUAUAUGCUCUCAUUGGAACCGUGGAAGCACUUUUGAGCGCAGGAAUCAGCGACCCAUUCGAGAUAUACCAGUAUUUGCAUGUGUCUGAGAUCGGCAAUUGUAUCGGCUCUGGGCUGGGUGGUGUUAAAGCACUCCGAAAGCUGCAUAAGGACCGCUUCGUGGAGAAGCAGGUUCAAAACGACAUCCUGCAAGAAUCAUUCAUCAACACAACGGCUGCAUGGAUCAACAUGCUCUUGCUGUCCUCUACUGGUCCAAUCCGCACCCCGGUCGGCGCUUGCGCAACCUCAAUCGAGUCACUUGAAUCCGGCUACGAGACUAUCGUCUCCGGCAAAGCCAAGAUGUGUCUCGUCGGUGGUUUUGAUGACUUCUCCGAAGAUGUGUCGUAUGAGUUUGCGAAGAUGAAGGCCACCGUGAGUAGUGAAGAAGAGAUCGAGAAAGGUCGUGAUCCUAGCGAGAUGUCACGACCGGCCGCUUCAACCCGUGCUGGAUUCGUCGAGUCGCAAGGCAGUGGUAUCCAGGUGAUCACAUCCGCCCAGUUGGCCUUGGACAUGGGCCUUCCCAUCCAGGGCAUCAUAGCAUGGGUUGGGACAGCUAGUGACAAGAUCGGGCGAUCCGUUCCUGCUCCCGGCAAGGGUCUCCUUACGAAUGCACGAGAGGCACAACACCGAGUCCCAUCCCCAAUGUUGGAAAUUUCAUACAGACGCCGAAGACUGAACAUGUCACUCCAGCACAUCAAGGAACGCGUCGACAUGGAAGUUGACAUCGCUGAGGCAGAGUUGGCGGACCUCAAGCGCAGUCCCAGCCCUUAUGCAGAAGAGCGAACUGAGGAGAUCAAUGAACGCCUCCGCUAUGUACGCCGCGAAGCUCGGAUCCAGGAGAAGGACGCAUUGAACACGUUUGGUAACCACUUUUGGAAAAACGACCCAGAGAUAUCUCCGCUACGCGGUGCCCUGGCAACUUGGAACCUGACCAUCAACGACCUGGACGUGGUCUCGUUCCACGGAACAUCCACCGUGCUCAACGAGAAGAACGAGACGAACAUGAUUAGCCAACAGUUGCAUCACCUGGGUCGAACAAAGGGUAAUCCUGCAUUGGGCAUCUUCCAGAAGUACCUUACAGGGCACUCGAAGGGUGCUGCAGGAGCAUGGAUGCUCAACGGUGGCCUUCAAGUGCUCAAUACCGGGUUGGUUCCAGGCAACCGCAAUGCGGACAACAUUGACGCAGCCCUCCAAAACGAUUAUCUGGUCUACCCCAGUCGCAGCAUUCAGACCACUGGCGUCAAGGCCUUUUCGGUCACCUCUUUUGGGUUUGGACAGAAGGGAGCGCAAGCGUUGGGUGUGCAUUCGCGCUAUCUCUUCGCCACGCUGGACCAGGCGACCUAUGAUGCGUAUCGGGUCCGGGUUGAAGCGCGACAGAGGCGGGCGCAACAGCAUUUCCGGUUUGGCAUCACACAAAAUGCGGUGUUUUCUGCUAAAGAGACGCCGCCAUACCGGAGUUACCAGGAGUUCCGUGUCCUGCUGGAUCCGGAGGCGCGUCUGACUGACAACGGCCGAGGGCAGAUGGAAUAUGCGGGAUGA